CCGAGCCCGAGCCCGAGCCCGAGCCCGAGCCCGAGCCCGAGCGCGGCGCAGCGACCCAGCCUGGAGCGAGCGCAGCCUCGUGCCCGCCGCCCGUGCCCGCCGCCGCCGCCGCCGCCGCCGCCGCCGCCGCCCGUGCCCGCCGUGCGCUGCCCGAGCCCGCCGCCCCCGGGGCAUGGCCUGUCUGAUGGCCGCUUUCUCGGUCGGCACCGCCUUGAAUGCCAGCAGCUAUUCCACAGCGAUGACGGAGCCCAAGUCCGUGUGUGUCUCCGUGGAUGAGGUGGUCUCCAGCAACAUGGAAGCUACUGAGACGGAUCUGCUGAAUGGACACCUGAAAAAGGUGGAUAACAACCUCACAGAGGCCCAGCGCUUCUCGUCCCUGCCCCGCAGGGCGGCCGUGAACAUUGAGUUCAAGGACCUCUCCUACUCAGUCCCCGAAGGACCCUGGUGGAGAAAGAAAGGAUACAAGACCCUCCUGAAAGGGAUUUCCGGGAAGUUCAACAGCGGGGAGCUGGUGGCCAUCAUGGGGCCGUCCGGGGCUGGGAAGUCCACGCUCAUGAACAUUCUGGCUGGAUACAGGGAGACCGGCAUGAAGGGGGCCGUGCUCAUCAACGGCCUGCCCCGGGACCUGCGCUGCUUCCGGAAAGUGUCCUGUUACAUCAUGCAGGACGACAUGCUGCUGCCACACCUCACGGUGCAGGAGGCCAUGAUGGUAUCUGCACAUCUGAAGCUCCAAGAGAAGGACGAGGGCAGGAGGGAGAUGGUCAAGGAGAUCCUGACGGCUCUGGGCUUGUUGUCUUGCGCCAACACGCGGACCGGAAGCCUCUCUGGCGGCCAGCGGAAGCGCCUGGCCAUCGCCCUGGAGCUGGUGAACAACCCUCCCGUCAUGUUCUUCGAUGAGCCCACCAGUGGCCUGGACAGCGCGUCCUGCUUCCAGGUGGUCUCCCUGAUGAAAGGACUGGCUCAAGGAGGGAGGUCCAUCAUCUGCACCAUCCACCAGCCCAGCGCCAAGCUCUUCGAACUCUUUGACCAGCUUUAUGUCCUUAGUCAAGGACAAUGUGUGUACCGGGGAAAAGUCUCAAAUCUUGUACCGUACUUGAGGGAUUUAGGUCUGAACUGCCCAACCUAUCACAACCCAGCUGAUUUUGUCAUGGAGGUCGCAUCCGGCGAAUACGGCGACCAGAACAGCCGCCUGGUGAGAGCCGUCCGGGAGGGCAUGUGUGACUCUGAGCACAGGAGAGAGCCUGGGGGGGAUGCCGAGGUGAACCCUUUUCUUUGGCACCGGCCCUCUGAAGAGGUAAAGCAGACAAAACGAUUGCAGGGGUUGAGAAAGGACUCCACCUCCAUGGAGGGCUGCCACAGCUUCUCGGCCAGCUGCCUCACCCAGUUCUGCAUCCUCUUCAAAAGGACUUUCCUCAGUAUCAUGAGGGAUUCGGUCCUGACGCACCUGCGGAUCACGUCUCACAUUGGCAUCGGCCUCCUCAUCGGCCUGCUGUACCUGGGGAUUGGGAACGAGGCCAAGAAGGUCUUGAGUAACUCCGGCUUCCUCUUCUUCUCCAUGCUCUUCCUCAUGUUUGCGGCCCUCAUGCCCACCGUUCUCACGUUUCCCCUGGAGAUGGGAGUAUUUCUUCGGGAACACCUGAAUUACUGGUACAGCCUGAAGGCCUACUACCUAGCCAAGACCAUGGCCGACGUGCCCUUCCAGAUCAUGUUCCCCGUGGCCUACUGCAGCAUCGUGUACUGGAUGACGUCACAGCCGUCUGACGCCGUGAGGUUUGUCCUGUUCGCCGCGCUGGGCACCAUGACGUCCCUGGUGGCGCAGUCCCUGGGGCUGCUGAUCGGAGCUGCAUCCACGUCCCUGCAGGUGGCAACAUUCGUGGGACCUGUGACGGCCAUCCCCGUCCUCCUCUUCUCAGGGUUCUUCGUCAGCUUCGACACCAUUCCGACUUACCUGCAGUGGAUGUCAUAUAUCUCCUACGUCAGGUACGGCUUCGAAGGGGUCAUCCUGUCCAUCUACGGCCUGGAUCGAGAGGACCUGCACUGUGGCAUCGAUGAGACGUGCCACUUCCAGAAGUCGGAAGCCAUCCUGAGGGAGCUGGACGUGGAGGAUGCCAAGCUCUACCUGGACUUCAUCGUUCUGGGGAUUUUCUUCAUCUCCCUGCGCCUCAUCGCCUAUUUCGUCCUGAGAUACAAAAUCCGGGCGGAGAGGUAAAACACCCGAGUGCCAGGAGACAUGAACAUAGACAUCGCGGCCCAGGGCCACUUGUAGAGCCACAGGGACCCCUGCCACCCAGCCCCCGGCCGCGCGCUCCGUCCGCGGGUGUCGUGCUGCCCGUCCGCGCCCAGCCGGCUGGGGUCCUGUCUCCAUCUCCCUUUCCGGCUUCACCUGGGAAGAAGGUGUAGAAAGAUGUCGUGUCCUCGUUGCAGAAUUGAACGCCGCGGCGGCCAGGCAGGCGGGGGCCGGCGGCAGAGCGGAGGCCGGGCGGCCGGGGAGGAAGGCCCACGCCGGUGGCAGCCUGGCCUCCUAACGGUUUGCCUCCUUCUCCGGGGAGAAGUCGUUUUCCAAGCCAAAAGCCGAUAACUCUCAUUCAUUUUAAGAAACUGUAUCUUUUUAGUACCUGUUAAAGGAAAUUAUUCAGGGUAAAUAACACACUUUGCUUAGAGAUACGAGGGGUGUAACUAAGCCGCGGAGCUGGUCUCGUGUUCAGGCAGGACUUGUGACAGAUGCAGGCGGGGUCCCCAGCAGAGAGGGGGCUCUGGGGCUGCACGCGUUUCCGAAAGUACAGAAAGCUGGAGGGUGCCAUCGGCCAGCCUUCCCAAAGCCUUUUCUCCCCCCUGCACCCGCCCCGUGCCGCUUAUUUUAAGCAAAAAUAUAUCGUUUAUUUCUUCCUA